UGUUCAUGUUGAACUAAUUGUAUCGCUUAGAGAACUACAAUGGCCUACCAUGCGGAGGACAAUGUGGGACUCAUGCCUAAUGUUUACCGUUAUGUCUCGCUUUGUAACUGCAAGUAGUCAUGUCAGUAUUAGGAGUUUACCUGUUGUUAUUAGCGCUAUUCUACAGGGACCGGAUGAGAUUGACGGCAAGCAGUUUGUCUGCCGCGGGCCAGAUGGCACAGCGCGAUGACGGCGAUAUUGUAGACUUUAUUGUUAAGGGCGCAGCAGAACAUCAAGCGGUUCAACAAAUUCAGCAUCAGGACCAGACAGCAUCUGUCUACUCGUCAGGCUCUAAAUUCCCUCUGAAGGUCCAGGUCAAUGACAUGUCAACCCGCCACGUCCUGAGCCUAGCCACAGUGGAGGUGUAUGUGAACUACACCAGGACCAACUCUGCUCUCACCACUGAGGAUGGUGGAGUUUUUCUUUAUGUGCCCUACCAACUGGGGUUACCCCUCACCAUCGUGGCUAGAAUGGACAGUUACCUGCUCACCGUGCUGCCCUGGAAAACUACCAGGAUACCAAUAUUUUCAGCUGUGACCAUGUCCCUGUUGUCCAUAAACCAAGGCAACAUCUGGUGGUUUGACGAUUCAGUUCUGAUAACUGGCAAAACAUCUGAAGCCUUGUCGCAGCCCAGGGUCCAGUUCCCUAAGAGUCUCCUGAACCUGACAGACAGAAGAAGCCUCUCCUCUUUCAGAGCUUACCUAACAACGCCUCAGCCUCCCGUUGGGAAAGACUGCUACGCCUACACCGCUGGCCUUCUCAUCAACCAGUCAGGAUACAGCAGCAUUGAGUUGAGCCCCAUAGCAGCUGUCAGUGCUCAACUCUUGUCCAAUGGCAGAGAGAUCCAGGUGACCGGGCCAGUACAGAUCACGCUACCCUUGGGGGACAACUCUGGACUGCAGGCCUCUCAUGCUGUGCCAGCCUGGUCCUUUGACCAUACUACUGGUGCCUGGAUGAACAGAGGACUGGGAAUUAUGAAGAUGGAGGAAGGGAAGUUGUUUUGGACCUUCAUGGCCCCUCAUCUAGGCUACUGGAUAGCAGCACCCAUGCCUUCGAUCAAGGGUUACAUGGGACAUGCCACCCCUAUGGACUUCAUCUCCUACCAUAGCUCCUUGAUCGUGGCUGUGCUAGGAGGACCUCUUGUCCUCCUUGUUGGAGUUUUAGCAGUGAUGCUCUGUUGUCGUAGGGAACCUAAGACAAAGAGGAUCCACGCCACCAAAAUGGCGUCGUUGGAGAUGGACCAAACCACCACGACACAUGACAACCAACUCUGCGAAGUGUCCUCUCAAGACUCCACACACUCUGAAGACGUAUCCCACCAAUUAUUAACGAGGAGGGGCGAUGGCAAAUUGGACGAUUCAGCCACUUCCAAGUACAAUGACGACUUCAACAUUUACAUUGCGGGUACAGAUCUUAUUGGUCCAGAGUCCUCCAGGCCUUUGCAGCAGGCCCUUCUUGUCAACAGCAGUGACAUUCUGUGGACACGGGGCAUUUCUGAGGGGAUAAAUCUACCUCUCUCUCUCAAUGAGAGCUUGUUCCUCCAGGACAGACUGCUCCACUUCCACAACCAACCUGUGGCUAUCCACCAUGCUCCGGGGCUUUGGAGCUCACCAGAGCAGCCCUCUCCGGGAUGCAGGUCUGCCACCCUGCCCCGAACAGGUGGGAUGUACGACCUUGGGCAAGGACAAACUGUGGGCAUGGACAACCUCACACAGACUUUACCCAAGGCCCCUCUGGCCACUCUGAGGCGCUCCCAGGGGCACGGCAGGGAGGGGACUUCACGGGGACAGGGAGGGCUUCACGGGGACACCCCCACCUUCAAGCCAGAGUCCUGGAGCCGCUACUACAGCAGCCUCCCAGAGUCCGUCUCAGUCCCCAGCACGCUGAACGAGGCCAGAGGAAGAGGAGGCCACCACCCUGGGGGUGGGCGUCCCUUUUCCAGUGAGCUCCAGGAAGCAGACCAGAAUUCAGAGCAGACCCCAUCAGAGCUCACCAGGGCCAGGCCCUCUCCUCUCGCCCCGCGGGCAUGGUUUGUAUCCCUGGAGGGCAAACCGGCCGCAGAGAUCUGCCGCAACUCUUCCUCCGUCACGGACUCCAAGAGAAAACGCAGGGCGGCAGGGGACAGCCGUGACACCAGUCUUGACUCUGGAGUGGAUAUGAGCGAGCCCAACAACCAGCCAACUGUUGGGAAUAGGCAGAUGAUGCUGGAUCGUAGUGGCACCUUUGUCAAGAGAGCCACGCUCCAUAUUAAGCCCCCCCUUCUCGUCUCCGGUGAGGAAUUGAACAAGGAGUGCAGCGGGAAAGGCGCCAUGGGGGGCCAGACCCCAAAUGAUGACGCCCCCCAGGGGACCAACCAUGGUGCUAGCGGAACUAGUACCAACGUCUCACAGGAGAGAGGGAAGGGGCCGAGUGCUUGCCCAGAGAGACACUGAGUUCAGGGCUAUAUUCAGUUGUGGAAUGUUCAGAUAUACAUUUACAACGUAGAAUAAACAUGUCCCUCUGACAUGAACAAUAAA